GGUUCUGUCCUUCCAAUAUGGACUCGACUGCUGCCAGAAUCCAGGCCUUAGGAGAUCUAGAGUUGGCCGUCUUGCUCUGUCUAGUAGCCCAGCAACACUGUAUAAUAUCCACGAAUAAUCUUUUGCUCGACAGUUUGGCACACGAGCUUCAGCUAAUUGCUACUAACAUCUUUGGUCUCUCGUGUGCCUUGGUCAAUUGUUCAUCCACGACUACUCUUGAUGAUUUCAAAGAGUCUAUUCUGGUCGAUGUCCCAGACACAUCCGAUGAUCAUGUAGCGUCUUCUACCCACCUAUCACUUCCCUCUUUCAACCACACCACUUCUAGGCACACCUUNUUUCGUAAUCAGUCUGGCACGAGUAACGAACUUGAUGAACGGAAGAUCGCCGACAUUAUCAUUGCAAAAGACCUAAACAUGGCAAGCAGCAACGUCCAGACCCAGGCUCUAGAGCUCAUGCGUACCAAAAGACUGUUCAGUCAUACCGCUAUGCACGGUACAUCCAAGCACUUCCUCUUCNNCCUCGCUCUACAGGCAUCAGAGUCCAAGCCUAAGCUCGCUUUUCAUCUUCAUCUCAGNAACGACAUGUUUGCCAUCUCACAUCACCAUACCGAAGAUGAUGGCUUCCCGAAUCUUGAAGAACAAGAGUUCAAGGAGCCACCACAAUCGGAUGAUGCUGCAUCUAUCUCGUCAGUUGUCAAGUAUCCUGUUACCAACCAAGAGAAUCUCUCUGAGUCUCCUACGAUUACGCCCGAGGAGAUUCAGAAUUUACGUUCUGCUGUCACAAGUGUACGGGUAAGCGCCGAAGUGGCUGCCUAUCUUCACAACAUUGUCAUCUUUAUGCGUCUGAAUCGCUUCGUGGCAGGCGGCAUCUCUGCCUAUGCUACUCGACACUUCCGAGCCAUUGUCUAUGCUCUUGCGCCCCUGCACAACCUCAAAUAUGUUCCGCCGUCGUUGGUCGCUCUGGCAGCGAGAAAGGUUUAUGCUCAUCGUCUGAUUUUGGCUACUCCGAACACCGAAAGGAGCAUGCAAUGGGGAAGCGACUUUCGUGCGGUCGAGCAAGUUUUGAAAGGGGUCACCGUCGAAGAUGCUAUUGAGUCGGUCCUCUCGAGUGUUGAAGCGCCGCUC